GCAGCGCGGCCGCGGAAGGGGCUCCCGCGGACGGGUCCCCGGGGUCGAGCCGGCCCGCGCACCCCAGGCCCGCCAGCGCGUCACCGGAGCUCCGCGAAGAUGGAGGCCGUGAUCGAGAAGGAGUGUGGCGCGCUCGGAGGCCUCUUCCAGACCAUCAUCAGCGACAUGAAGGGGAGCUAUCCAGUUUGGGAAGAUUUUAUAAACAAAGCAGGAAAACUUCAGUCCCAGCUGCGGACAACAGUAGUAGCAGCAGCUGCCUUCUUGGAUGCCUUUCAGAAAGUGGCUGACAUGGCCACCAACACACGUGGCGGUACCCGGGAGAUCGGAUCGGCUCUCACCAGGAUGUGCAUGAGGCACAGAAGUAUAGAAGCCAAACUGAGGCAGUUUUCGAGUGCUUUAAUUGAUUGUCUGAUAAAUCCACUUCAAGAGCAGAUGGAAGAGUGGAAGAAAGUGGCCAACCAGCUGGAUAAAGACCAUGCGAAAGAAUAUAAAAAAGCUCGCCAAGAGAUAAAAAAGAAGUCUUCAGAUACGCUGAAACUGCAGAAGAAAGCAAAAAAAGUGGACGCCCUGGGGAGAGGUGACAUCCAGCCUCAGUUGGACAGUGCUCUCCAGGAUGUCAACGAUAAGUACCUCCUGCUGGAGGAAACAGAGAAGCAGGCCGUCCGCAAGGCUCUGAUUGAGGAACGGGGCCGAUUCUGCACCUUCAUCUCUAUGCUGCGGCCAGUGAUUGAAGAAGAAAUCUCAAUGCUCGGGGAGAUCACCCACCUUCAGACCAUAUCGGAUGACCUGAAGAGCCUGACCAUGGACCCUCACAAACUGCCCUCCUCCAGCGAGCAGGUGAUUUUGGACUUGAAAGGCUCUGACUACAGUUGGUCAUAUCACACACCGCCCUCUUCCCCCAGCACCAGCAUGUCCAGAAAGUCCAGCGUCUGCAGCAGCCUGAACAGCGUCAACAGCAGUGACUCGCGGUCCAGCGGCUCCCACUCGCAUUCUCCCAGUUCGCAUUACCGCUGCCGCAGCUCAAACCUGGCCCAGCAGGCACCCGUGAGGCUGUCCAGCGUGUCCUCCCACGACUCCGGAUUCAUAUCCCAGGAUGCCUUCCAGUCCAAGUCACCCUCCCCCAUGCCGCCAGAGGCUGCCAACCAGAACUCAUCCAGCUCGGCCUCCUCCGAAGCCUCAGAAACCUGCCAGUCCGUGAGCGAGUGCAGCUCCCCCACCUCUGUCAGCUCAGGCUCCACCAUGGGCGCCUGGGCGUCCACAGAGAAGUUGUCUAACGGGUUUCCUCCCUGUAGUUUAUCAAGUGAGGCCCCCGUGGGGCCCGUGGGCGCAGGUGCUUUCCCUCACUGCCUGCCCGCCUCCCGCCUGCUCCCCCGGGUCACCUCUGUCCACCUUCCAGACUACGCUCAUUAUUACACCAUCGGGCCCGGCAUGUUCCCGUCAUCUCACAUCCCUAGCUGGAAGGACUGGGCCAAGCCGGGCCCCUAUGACCAGCCGCUGGCGAGCACCCUGCAGCGCCGCAAGGACAAGCGCGAGCCAGACUUGGGCACGGGCGGCCCGGCCGAGGAGGUGCAGAGGCCGCGCAGCAUGACCGUGAGCAGCGCAACUGUGAGCAGCAUGAGCAUGAGCGUGUCUGCGGCUGCCAGGCCCACCGAGGAGGUGGAGGCCUGUGAGGAGCUGGCCCUGGCCCUGUCACGGGGCCUCCAGCUGGACACCCAGAGGAGCAGCCGGGACUCGCUGCAGUGCUCCAGUGGGUACAGCACCCAGACCACCACGCCCUGCUGCUCGGAGGACACCAUCCCCUCCCGAGUUUCAGAUUAUGAUUAUUUCUCCGUAAGUGGUGACCAGGAGGCUGAUCAGCAGGAGUUUGAUAAAUCCUCCACUAUACCAAGAAACAGUGACAUCAGCCAGUCCUAUCGACGCAUGUUCCAGGCCAAACGCCCUGCCUCCACGGCCGGCCUCCCCUCCACCCUUGGACCUGCAGUGGUCACCCCAGGGGUCGCAACCAUCCGACGGACCCCUUCUACCAAGCCUUCUGGCCGCCGAGGGACCAUUGGAGGGGGUCCCAUCCCCAUCAAGACACCAGUGAUUCCUGUCAAGACCCCAACAGUCCCAGGCCUCCCUGGGGUGCUGCUGUCCCCUCCAGACGGGCCGGAGGAGCGGGGUGAACAUAGCCCGGAGUCACCCUCCUUGGGGGAGGGCUUCCAGGGAGUCACCAGCAUACCCUCUUCCCUGUGGAGUGGGAAAGCCUCUGUCAACCCUCCACUCCCAGGCCCAAAGCCCAGCAUCCCUGAGGAGCACAGACAGGCGAUUCCAGAAAGCGAGGCCGAAGACCAGGAGAGGGAUCCCCCAAGUGCGGCCGUCUCCCCAGGCCAGGUGCUGGAGAGCAGUGCUGCAGACCUGAGCCCGAGGGAUACUCCCCAGGGGGAGGACAUGCUGAACGCCAUCCGAAGGGGCGUGAAGCUGAAGAAGGCCACGACAAACGACCGCUCCGCCCCUCGCUUCUCUUAGGCUCCCAAUGGAAAAUGAACCUCUUAAUAAAUCCUCAUUUGUCUUGAUCCAUUCCACUCUAUAAUCAAAAAAUUUUGUAGGCAAUUCAGAAUUCAGCUCUUUUGAAAAUACUCAACAUAUUUAGAUAAGAAUUAAAAGCAAAAUAUGUACCUGACAUCAUCUUGGUCUGUUAAAUUUGUAAAUAUUGACAAUUUUCUUCACAUUUUAAUCUUAGUUUCCCUUUUGAUUUUUCUGAAGGUGCCAAAUUCCACUUAACUUUUUUACAAGUCUUUGUAAAAUUUUAAAUGCGUAGGGGGUGGUGGGAUGGGGCAGGGGAACCACAGAGUAGUUAAUUUCAGAAAAGGAUUACUAUACUUAGUUCUUUUUUCAUUCUCGCCCCUGCAAGCUUUUAUAGAUGCAUUGUAGUAGUCUAGCUUAGAAGCUAAUUCACGUUAUUUUAAUGUAAAGAGUGGGUAAGGGGUAAAAUUCUCAUUGAAAUGUACUAUGUUCUGGACGAGAAAAGCAGGACUGACAACGGAACAAUAUUCAGAGAAGCAAAUCUGGAGAAGGUGGACUGUUGGGACUGGGGAGGGUGGUGGGAGGGCACUGUCUGCAUAGCCGAUCCUGUUACCUUUAAGAGUAGCCUUGUAGGUUGAAUUUCUACUAGCUUCAUGGUAAAUGCACCCAAAUAAGCCAUACUGGAUUGCAGUGUUGUUUCCGCAGGGUGCUUAAGGACCCCUUUCUCCCACGGUUCCUCUUCACCCACCUGGAAUCCUGCUCAUGCUGCCGCCGCCUCAGGGUAGACGUAGGCCCCACUUGGUUCCUUGUCUACUGUGCUCACUUUCAUCCAACCCAAGGACAUCUGAGGUACGGCAGUUUUCAGAAAUUUGAAAACUGAUAGGGAGUUCUUAAGACAUAGCAAAUGCCUUUUACUUACCUGUGCCCAGCAGGCUGGGUGCACUGAAAAGCCGAAAUAUUUUGAAAAAGGUUGAGUGGAUUUAACAAGGGUAACCAGGUUGGAGUCCAGCAACUUGCUAAUGGGUUUACCAAUCUGGGGGCUUGUUUUUCUUAUCUUCCUUAAAUAAAGGGCAGUGAAUUGGCUUCAUACUAAACACUGAAAAGAGGAGGAUUUAUUUAUUGUCACUGGGAAUCUGGCCACUAGACUGUCCCUUAUUUUAGACAGUGUUUUCUGGAAUGGAUUUAUGUCUUAAGUGAAAGUUGAAUUUGUUAUAAUGCCCAUCCCCUAAAGUCAACAGAGAAUUGUAGAUUUACAGGGAGCACACUGGGAGCAAGCAGGCAGGUAGGCCCCUCCCGUGGCUGCAGUGCACUUGAGGACUGGCCCUUUGUGGGGCUUGCGGCUCCCGCCGUCCUUCAUGAUGCCCCUUCUGCUUUCCCACCUAACUGCACUGGAUGUGAAAGUAACGUAGCUAUAAGUUACUCUUCUGUAUACUGACACUUAACGCUGCUGUGAUUGCUCAAGGACACUGUGUUAUGGCUUUGCGCAAGGCAUGAUUACUAGAAACUAUUUAAGCUUUUUUCUUUGAAAAACAAGCUCGUCUACAGACUGUAAGCAACAGUAGUGCCUGUGGUUUAGCCCACCAACCUUGAUGACUAAAAGUAGCUGAUGCAUUGUGCAUAUGAUGCUUGAGAUAGUUUUUGCAAAAGCAGAAAUCAUUGCAAGGUGAUUACAGUAGAUAAAAGUGGUAUUUUAAACUUUCAAAUUACAUGGAUGUAACUGUACCCUGGUACAGCUUUUCACUUGUUUAGUUUUUAAACAUUAGUAUAAUCUGAAUAAAUUUAAUAUAAAAUGUUGCCAAAUUCAAUGUAGAGAAUGUGACGAAACACCUUGGAUAGUUCUGUUUGUGUUUUUGCAUAUUGUAAAAGCAGUGUCACAGCUAAAAAUACAGAAACCCUUUCUCAAGGUUAAUUACUGUGGUUUAGUUGCUAGUUUGUACUGGAGUUGACCUCUCCCUGUGCAGUUUUUGUUUAAACCUGUAUAAAUAAGUUGUGUAGUGUCUCCCUUCUACAUUGUAACAGUUGCUUCAGCCUACAUUACCAAUAAAGAACCACUAGAAGAAAA